AUGGGACGGAACCGGAAAACACAGCGAGCUGCUCUUCUGCGUGAGCGAAAAAAGCGCACAUUGGCAGUAGAAGAACAUCCUAAAGAUUAUAAACCUUGUGUGUUGGUUUCAGAAUUCAUCAAUAGAGAUAUUGUAGCAAUACAAUUGGAGGUUCCAACGACCCGGGGAAAAACGGACAUCAUCGUAGCUUCGGCCUAUUUCCCAGGAGACAACGGUGAAACACCUCCAACAGAAGUUGCAGCGCUAGUUCAACACUGCAAAUCGAAGAACAAACAGCUCAUUAUUGGGUGUGAUGCAAAUGCCCACCAUACAGUUUGGGGCAGCAGCAACAUUAAUUUUAGAGGUAAUGAUCCCACAUUUGUUACAUCAACUAGACAGGAAGUUCUUGAUCUAACACUUUGUAGUUUUAAACUAUCAGAUAUGAUUGUAAAUUGGCAUGUGUCGAAUGAGCAAUCGUUAUCUGAUCAUAGACAUAUAAUGUUUAAUUACAAUUCUGGAGAUCUUUUAAUCGAGCAAUUCAGAGACCCCAGGAAAACCAAUUGGGAUACCUACUUUUCCAAACUUUUGAACGAUGAUUUCAUACCGAUGGAUAAUACAGCUUCCAUCGAGCAACUUGAAACAGUCUCGUCAACAUUUACCACUAAUAUCAUGACAGCUUUUGAGGAAAGCUGCCCACUGAAGCGGAAAACUUCAAGCAAAGACGCGUCAUGGUGGAAUCGAAAGCUUGAAAAGCUUAGAAAAUUGACUAGGAAACUUUUCAACAAAGCCAAGGCUACUUCUGAUUGGACUAAUUAUAGAGAAUGUAUAACAGAGUACAAUCGAGAAAUCCGUAAAUCUAAAAGAAGGGAUUGGAGGAAUACAUGCGAGCAAGUUGACAGCUUGCCUGUUAUAGCAAGACUUCACAAAGCCCUUUCAAAAGAUCACACUAAUGGACUUGGAAGCCUAAAAAAUAAACAUGGCCAGUUUACAACCGAUUCUCAGGAAUUGCUUAGUAUCAUGAUAGACACACACUUUCCAGGCUCAAUUCAAACGUCUUCCGAUGACGCACAGGGCUUCAACGCAGCUCAGUCUAGUUCAAUUAUGGACGAAGAUGGAGUUCAAGAAUUAGCCAGUGCUAUUUUCACGGAGUCGAGAGUUGAGUGGGCAGUGGAUUCUAUAAGUCCCUUCAAGUCUCCAGGAUUAGAUGGAAUUUAUCCAGUGCUAUUACAAAAAAGCAAGGAUAUCACGGUUCCUCUUCUGACAAAGAUGUUUAGGGCAAGUUUGAUACUAGGAUACAUUCCUAAGAAAUGGCGAGAAGUCCGGGUUAUCUUCAUUCCUAAAGCGGGACAACCUUUUCUUGAUAUUGAGGGAGCAUUUGAUAAUGCCUCCCACAAUUCAAUAAAUAGAGCCAUGGAGGAACGGGGUUUUGACAGGUGCAUUUCCAGUUGGAUACAUGCUAUGCUAACCAACCGCACAAUAACUACAAAACUGGGAGGAUCUACUUUAACGACAAAACCAACUAGAGGUUGCCCUCAAGGGGGAGUCCUAUCUCCUAUGCUGUGGUCCCUAGUAGUCGAUGAUCUUCUAAAUAAAUUGGCUGAAAAAGGCUAUGAAGCCAUAGGAUUCGCUGACGAUAUAACAAUAUUAGUAAGGGGAAAGUAUGAACAUAUUAUUUCCAAUAGAAUGCAAUCUGCCCUCAACUACACACUUAAAUGGUGUGACUUGGAAGGACUAAGUAUUAACCCUUCUAAAACAGUCAUAAUACCAUUUACAAGAAGAAGGAAAUACAGUAUUGCGGAUCUGCAGCUGAGGGGAGUCCAAUUGAAGCUAUCCAAACGUACAAAAUACUUGGGUGUUAUACUUGACCAUAAGCUAAAUUGGAACGAUCAUCUAGAGUAUGCAAUCUCAAAAGCAAGCAGUGCUCUUUGGGCUUGCAGCAAUACAUUUGGUAAAAAGUGGGGACUUAAACCGAGGAUGAUUCACUGGAUCUAUUCGGCAAUUGUGAGACCCAGACUAACAUAUGCUUCGCUAUUGUGGUGGCCUAAAACUACACAAAUAACAGCUCAAAAAAUGCUUGGAAAGCUACAACGUAUGGCGUGCUCUUCAAUAACUGGAGCAAUGACCAGCACACCUUCCAAAGCUCUAGAUGCUCUUUUAUAUCUUCUACCGUUGCACCAAUUCGUACAACUUGAAGCAGAAAAAGGUGCUCUUAGGCUUAGGCGUGUUAAACACUUUCAAGAUGGAGAUCUCAAUGGACACCUACGAAUCCUCCGAGAUUUUCAACUGAACACCCUGGUAAUCAUGAACGAAGACUGGAUGGAAACUAGGACAAACUUCGAUAUACCCUUCAAAGUAAUCGAAACCGAUCGCAGAUUAUGGGAAGAAGGUGGUCCUAAGACUCGUCCGGGAUCACUCCUGUUUUACACCGAUGGUUCUAAAAUUGGCAAAUCCACAGGAGCUGGGGUUACUGGACCAGGAAUCGACAUAUCAAUUCCAAUGGGACAGUGUCAAGCAGCUCUAAAUGCCUUAAAAGCAUACACAUGCCAGUCAAAGCUGGUUUGGGAGUGCAUCCUCUCCCUAAGACAAUUGGCUUUAACUAACAAUGUUAAUUUAUACUGGGUACCCGGACAUGCCGGUAUAGAAAAAAAUGAAAAGGCCGAUCUCUUAGCGAGAAUUGGUUCGUCAACUGAAUUCGUUGGGCCUGAGCCAUUCUGCGGGGUGUCCACAGCCUGCGUAAAAGCUGAGCUCAAAGUCUGGGAAUCAUCAACGAUUGAUGCCAACUGGAGAGCUGUUCCAACAUUACGACAAUCAAAGCGUUUCAUUACGCCAUGCAAAAGCAUCACACGCAGCUUAAUCAGUUUGAAUAAAAUGGAUCUGAGUACGCUGACCGGUCUUUUAACCGGACACUGUCCGAGCAGAUAUCACCUUAAAAAUAUAGGUAAGCUGACAGAUGACAUAUGUCGAUUCUGUAAUUUUGAGAUCGAGACCUCAGAACAUAUACUGUGUCAAUGCAGCGCUCUAAUUCAACGAAGACUGCGUAUUCUCGGAGAGGGCGUUCUAACGCCUAGCGAGAUAUGGUCUGCUGAAACAAAAAAGGUACUGAAAUUCAUUAAGGAAGUCAUACCUUCUUGGGGGGAAAUGCAAAUUCAUAGGGCGACCAACACGCUGACUCAUAGUGAUGGAACGAACUGA